UCUAUGUAUAAACUAAGUGGGUCACAUGGGCUGAAUUAGUUCAUACUUCAUGCCUCAAUGUAUAAACAAGGAAAUAUAAUUGAAGAUUGAUCAACCAUAUUGGAAUUAUUUAAAGGAAGCAGGAAAUUUAAAUCUUAACACGUGUCGAAUGUACACGUUCAGCAUGACGUCAUAAUGGACGUGACGUGGGUGAUUCUGCUUGGAAUCGCGGGACUGGGUCACAUCUACCUCGCGAUUAACUUUUUCUUUGCGUCGAAGGGUUUUCAACAUGAUGACGGCUCGAAGCUACUCCUGUGUUACUUCUCCCUUGACGAAACUUGGCCUGACAAUGGGACGCUGCACCCCGCCAUGAACGCCACACUGUGCACCCACUUGAUCCUGAUCAACACGGUGAUCAAAGACGGUCAGAUUGCUCCUGCUAGUCCUGAUGACGUCACUCGCUACUUCUCCAAGGUGCCGUUACUACGACAACAGAACCCCGCACUCAAGAUUAUCAUCUGUAACGGGGGCGGGGGCAACCACGGCUUCACUCCUAUCCUGGCAUCGGCCGCAAACAGAUCUAAGUUUGUGUCGAGUGCUGCUCCGUUCCUGAAGAAGUACGAUUUCGACGGCCUCGAUAUCGACUUUGAGUUCCCCGGCUGGCAACUUCCGGUACAGCAGCGCAAAAACUUCACCGUCCUGCUCCAGGAGUUGCGGACGGCGCUUGACCAUGCGGGGCAGGCGGAGGGUAGGAAGUAUACGCUGUCGGCGGCGGUGGCGGCGGGAAGGGCAGUCAUGGAAAUAUACGAUGUGCCUGCCCUAGCCAAGAGCCUUGACUUCAUCAACUUGAUGUGUUACGACUACUACGGAUAUGCCGUAUACGAUCCCGUCACAGGAUAUAACAGUCCCCUCUAUCCGCAGGAUUGGCAGAAGAAAAUUGUAAUAAGGGGCGGAAAUAUUGGUUGGUCUAGCUACGAAUGGCACAAGCGCGGGAUGCCUAAGGAGAAGAUUAUGGUUGGGAUCCCAACGUACGCGCGCACGUGGACGCUCAUGGACCCAGAGCGUUUCCAUGGACACGACGCUCCCGCUACGGGACCGGGCAAGGAAUGUGUGGAGUGCACCUUCCCGUGGGUUUGUAAGUUUUUGAACACAACAGGUACGGUGUCUGUACGUGACGUUGAAGCCGGCGUACCGUACGCCUACCGCGGGGACCAGUGGAUCAGCUACGAUGACGUCAUGAGUCAGACACUCAAGACUCAGUGGAUUCUGCAAAACGGUUUUGGCGGGAUUAUGGUGUACGCUUUGAACUCUGACGAUUACUAUGGCAACGCCUGUGGUUUGGGGCGGUUCCCUCUCCUGUCUGCAAUCAAAGGCGCUAUGAACAAAACCUGGAGUGAAACAUACAUGUAUGCAUUCAAGCGAUAAUGUUAUUUUGCAAAAUUAGACAAGUGAAUAGUUAUAGGCGUUGCUUGUUAGAAAAAAAGGUUUUGUUUGAUUAAAUUAAUCAUUAUUCGUUAAUAACUUAUGUGCAUGCUCAUUUUAUUUUAUUCCAAUUUUGGACUUGAGCCUAUGCAUCUUAUAUGAGUGCAUGCCUAAUAUGAUCGAUCGGUGUUCUGCUACGCCCCUACUGGCAAGAGUAGUGAGUUUGAGGAUUCGGAGCAUUCCAUGUGUUAACAAUUAUAAGCAAUUCUUUAAGUUUGUAAUUCUCUCUAUAUAUGUUUCAGGGACCUAUAGUGUGUAUGAAUAAGAUUGUUUGUGUUCUCGUUAAACCUAGCGAGAGCAAUUGGAACAAAAUUAAUAACCAGUGGUUUUUGUCUUUUUUUUAUUUAAGGGGGCUGGGGACUGAAGGGAGGGGUGGCGGUCUGCAGUAUAUCUAUGCCUUGAAAUGUUGACAAAACACUGUUUGUUCCUUAGUGUUUAAAAAGGUCUGCUCUCGCCCACUGGCUGCAAAUACUACUUGAUCCCGCCGUGUACCACACGACCUAAUUAAGUGUAAUUAAAUGUCAUUGGUGACCGCAAUUUUCGGUAAAAUGUAGAAGGAAUUGGAUUACGCAAACAUAAUGUGUUUGUUAACACGAUGGCCACUCUCCAACCUAUUCAGUAUGAACACAAUGCAUUGAUAGAUGUAUAUACAUAUGUGCAGUAAACCCAAACUUAUACUUUAUAUAAUGGUUUCUACUUCAUACAACCUUAACUAACUCAAGAUGAAAGUUUCAUUAGCUCAAUUGUUGUAUCCACGUUUAAAGACGAACGAUAAUUUGAUCAUUUCUACUUAUUAUAUUCUAUUAAUAAUUUCAUAUUUUGUUUUACCCGUGCAUGCACCAUGUUUGUGUUUGUCUUUUCAUUUUAAUGCAAUUUUACGUACACUCAACCAAGUAUAAUAAUAGAACACUUUCCUUUGAUGCAAAUUUGAUGUAAGCAUUAUAAUAGAAGAACAAAUUGCGUUGAACAACGAUAAUUUGAUACCCACAUUAAAAAAGGGAAAUACCCGCUUAAACUUACAUCACAACUUAAUAGAGACACAAUUAGCCAUAUCAAAAACAAUCGAAAUACUUCAAUAAUAUAUCAUUGUAUUUAAAUGCCUCUUCUUGAUUACAUUAGCUUGUAUAGGGUACAUCCGAUUACAUUUAGACACCGUCACAGGGCAAGAUCGUGACCUUCAGAAGCUGACAUGUCUUUGUAUUGAAGAGCCCUGCUUAGGUUGUCACUGAGCUUUAACAGUACAUACCCAAGGGUCACACCAUAGAAAAAGUCAAAUGAGGCCAUCUGACUCUUCACACCAACAAUGCGCGCUCUGGUCUCAGUGUCUUUUGUGGUCUCAUAGGUAUUAUCCCACAAUUUCUGGAGAACGGAAUAGUUGUCUAGGAUCCUUUUCAAACACUCCGCCCUAACAGUCCAUCUAGUCGGACACAGCACUCUAAAUCCAGGUGUGUCGGGACUCAUUUCCUUUCUCAGUUCUUCAACUACAGUUUUUGAAACAUCAACAACGAUAUAAAUAAUUAUUGUCUAUUGCCUCUUCUUCCACUUACCCGUCUUUAAUAAUCCGCCGACUGUUUUCACGCCAUUCACAUGCCAAUUAGCUAGAUGGUCAUAGGUUUAAUUAUGACAUGGUGACCUGUUUAUUCAAUAUCGUGUCAGACUGGUAUUGAUCUAUACGCGCGUAGCUUUAUUUAAAAUACGAUUAUUAAGAAAAUCGGUAUUAAAUAUUCGCGGUCCCAUUGCCGUUACUAGCCUUAAUAUUGGGGCCGCGGUCCCGGCCCCUGCGUCCCCAGCUCCUACGCGCCUGCAUCGAUCGCAUAAAAAUUAUACAAACGUGUGUGUAUGUAUGUGUAUGUAUAUGAGUGCGAGUAUGUAUACAUACGCGCUUGUGUGUGCGUGUGUUUUAAUUGUUUCUAUGCCUGCGCUUGGGUGUACGAAAGUAUGAUUAUGUGUGUGUGCGUGAGUAUUAUUGUUGUUUUUUUAUAUUCAUGUUUUUUUUUCCAAAAUGCAUAAAAUUGUUGAAUGGAUUGAGACUUUAAAACUCUGUUCUGAUAUAUAAUAUAUGUGAAAAAUAAAUGAGAAAAAAAUG